AUUCAACACCAAUAAUAAAUGAUACAAUUAAACAAACAAAUGAAUUUAUAAAUAUUGAUUAUCGAUCAGAACCAUUUUAUUCACCAAUUCGACCUAAUUCACUUAUUCUUUUAUCAUCAGCAUCAUCAUCUUCUUCACAAAAUUCUAGUCAAAAAAAUCCAAUCAUAUCACCAACAAUAAAUAAUCAACAAAUAAUCGAUGAUGAUAAUGAAAAAUAUUAUUCAGCACAAUCAUCAAAAAUAUCUACACCAAUGAUACAUUCAAUGGAUUUAUCAACUUAUAGAGAAAAUUUUGAAGAUAAAUUAAUAUUAUCAUCUAUACGUGAUAUUGAUAAUGAUGAACAAAAAAAACAUCAAACUAAAGUAUUACCAACACAUAUUGAAAAUAAUAAAAAUUUUUCUAUUUUACCUCAUAUUCUUGAAAAAGAUUUUCUCCGUUAA